AUGAAUCAAGUAUUUACCGGAACUGUAAUUGAACUAAAAAAUCCUAAAACUGCUACCGUGGAAUUAGUUUCGAUUAAAAUCCACCCUAAAUACUUUAAACCUCAAAAGAUUGUAAAAACUAAAAAAGUUCAUUACGAAGAAACCGAAUUUCCUUUACAAUUAGGAGAUAAAGUAAAAAUUAAAAGUGAUCGGCCUCGUUCUAAAACUAAAAGAAAGACUUGUCAGAAAAUAAGAAAAAGAAGGAGUAAUCUAAUUAAAGGUUCAAUGGAAAGACCACGAGUGGUCUUGUGUGUAUCCAAUCGCUAUUUACGUGCACAAGCUAUUGAUGACAUAGUAGGUAACACUAUUGCUUUUGCUUCUACUGAGAGUUUUAAGGAGGAGGGCGAUUAUUCUCGCAAGAAUAAAGAUUAUGCCAAAAAACUCGGAAUACUUUUUGCCGAUAAGUUAAAGAAAGGAGAAAACCCCCAAUUAGCCAAAGGUGAAAAGGAGAAAAUUAACGAUGCACAGGUAGCAGGUAAAAAGUCUGAGUUGGUUUCGGAUAAGUCAGAAAAAAAAGAUCACGAAAGGGAACGUUACACUCAUGCCUAUUUGCGUGAGGUUUUAAAGACUACCAGACCAGUAAAAGUAACCAAAGGUGGUCGAAGAUUUAGUUUUACCAGUUUAGUUUUAACCCAAGACAAAGAAAAAAAUGCAGUUGCUUGUGCUCGUGGAAAAAGCAAAGAAGCCAUGGAUGCCUUCAAAAAAGCUUACCGCAAGACCCAAAAAGAAUUAAUUGCUCAUUUCUCUACUCCAUCCCGCACUAUCCCUCGGGAAAAAGCUUACCGCAAGACCCAAAAAGAAUUAAUUGCUCAUUUCUCUACUCCAUCCCGCACUAUCCCUCGUGAUAUAGUAGUUGACUACAAAGCAACUAAGUUGAUUCUAAAACCUACUCCUCCCGGAAGUGGUAUUAAAGCUAGUGAAACACUCAGCAUUCUAUUUAAAUAUUUAGGAAUUAAAGAUAAAAAAAAAAUUGUUGGCCGAGGAAUUGGUUCAGGAAGGGGGAAAACUUGCGGUCGUGGUGGUAAAGGACAAACGGCACGAACGGGAGGUGGUACUCCGCCUGGUUUUGAGGGAGGACAAACUAAAGUUUAUCUCCGUUUUCCCAAGCGAGGCGGGGGAUUUAAAACCGCUUCUAAAACCACUUAUCAAAUAAUUAAUUUAGCAAAUUUAGAAGGAGAUGAAAAAGUAGUGAAUGGGCAGGAAAUAUAUUUACCUAGAGUAAAAAUAUUAGGCGAAGGAAACCUUACUAAAAAUUUGAUUAUCCAAGCAGCAGAUUUUUCUCAGGAGGCUCAAGAGAAAAUUACCAAAGCUGGCGGUGAAUUUCAAACCAUAACUGCCAUUCGACUUGACAAGAUUGUUAAAAUUUUCCAAAAUACUGAAUUUUCCCAGCAGAAGAAAAAAGAUGGAUCCAAAGAAUGGAAAGUAACGGUUGGGAAGCAAGAAUUUAGCAUAAAUUAUUUCAGAAAUUAUGUGAAAAAGCAUAUUGAGUCCAAAGAGUUAAAAGAAAAGUGA